GCAGGUGACAAACCAUAUUCUCACCAUGAAGAUUGCCGCUUUCUUCAUCGUUAUUCUGGGCCUCGCCAAUGCUGAUGGUGAAGCGGGCACAGCACAGCCUCCGACAGGGAAACCUUUGAGCAGUGACAAAGCUAACGGUUGUGCCUAUCUAUUCAGUUCCUGCAAUCAUUUUUACAAUAUCUAUAAGGCCAGUCCUCAAAAUGAGAAACCGGAAAAAAUGAAAUGUGUUGUUGACAUAUUGCUGCAAAUAGUGGGUGCGUUAGCCUCACACAUUAAUAUUUCAGUACCAGAUUUUUUAUCAUGUAUGGGUAUUUCAUCUACAGCUGUUAAUGCAUAUAAGACUGGAGACAUGAACGGAUUUUAUGGAUCUAUAUCUGUUGACUUAUUUUACAAUACUGUUCAGACUUCUUUGAAAAUAAUUUUCGCAGUUGGUGACAAAAUCUUAGAGGAUGUAAUAGCGUCUGUAAACAGCGAUUUGGGAAUUACGCCAGACGAGGAUUGCAACUGUCCCGGAAAUUCACCUACUGAAAUACUUGAAAAAUACAAGAAUAGUCUUUUGGGAGGUUUAUUAACUGGACUAUUCCAAGUGGCAGAUGGUGUUGUUACUGGCCUUGGUGGUGUUGUUGAUACCUUGAACAAUAUCUUGUCUGGCUCUGGGAAUAAUGUAGGGGGUGUCGUUGAUGAUCUUGGUAAAACCGUGUCUGGCUUGGUGAAUAAUUUAGGGGAUACCCUCGGUAAUGCUGGUAAAACCGUGUCUAGCGUGGUGAAUACCGCAGUCAAUGCCGUUGAAGGUACUGUUGGCACCGUGGGCAAAGCCUUGUCUGACAAGACGAAUACCGGAAACACUGGUAUCCUAACGGACCUAGGACUUUAGUGCACAUAGGUUUCGUGCAUCAGUGAAACCCAUUUGCCUGGCCGGAGCAUGAUCUAAUCAUACACAUGAACCUGUACAUCUAUAAUUAAUCAGCAGACUAUCUUUUAAUUAUUUUAUGUAGAGAAAUUAGAUCUUCUGAUUUUGAUGCUGUGAUUUACUUCUUCUCAAUAAAUUUCAUUCUA